AAGUUUCUGAACAGAUACCACAAGGGGACGGUUGUGGGUCGUACACUUUCGUUUGUUACGAAAGUAGACAACCAUCAAAGUCAAGUGUUGUGUUCGCAUUCGCAAACUUUAAAGUAGCCGAUUUGGAUGGAUUGUAUAAAUGUAAUAUGCAAAAUGUAUGCGACGAACAAAAUUAGUUACUGAUUGGGAUGUGAAGAAAUUAAGCGUGUGUUCAUACUCUUAUCUGUGGUUUCGUUAAUCGGGUUAUAGGCAUCUUGUUGAACAUUCAAUCGGAAACAUGGCGGCUUACGCUUCGUGGUUUGUAUUUGUGUCAUUCUUAAUGAUGAUUUGAGGUUGUUCAUACAUGACUUUAAUCAUGGCUAGACAGCUGAUUAGGAAUGCAGUUGACAAAGAACUGUAGUUCUAACUGAUGGCAAGCAAAAUGUCCCGUGGAUAUUCCAGAGUGUACAACCGCAAGUUGAAUGCUGUCUCCCAGACAAGCAUUCAGUUUGACAAACUAUUCCAUGAGAACAGCAAUCGCCCCUCAGCAGCAAAGUCUGCUGGUACUGUGGGCAAGUGGGGUGUCAUUUCGUGUACAUCCCUGAGAAGUACAAAUUUUAAUGGUCGAAGAGAUGAAGUUCUUAGCAACAAGAGAAUGAGAAUGGAUUACAGCAAUCGUAAAACCCCACUUCCCAUCCCAGCAAAGGAUCCAUUUUCAUUUGAUACGGAAUCUGAUGGCUUGCAGAAUAAAUUAUUAGCAGGAGGAGAUACCUCUCCAGUGAAAUCUGCACCUAAGCCCAAAAAAUUUUUUAAAAGUCGAAACAUUGACGUAAUUCCUUCAGAGGAAAUUAGAUUGAAUGCGUCUGUGUACAUGGGAAGUAACCGCAGUACAGAGUCAAGUUAUGGCUCACAUGGGGGUAAAAAGUAUGGGAAGGGAGGAUACAGUACAAGGCUGCAGCAGUGUAACUCCUCGUCAUCCAGCCAGUCAAGCAGUGGUGGGUCCAAGAAAUUCUUCACAUCUACAGCAAUAAAGACCUCAGGUUCUGUUGCAAGUGCUGAGUCAGCUGGCGAACAGAUAGAAGCAAUGAAUCUGUCAAGUCCUACCAAGGCCAUAGCACCUCUAAGAGAAGAGAACAAACCUCCAAUUGUGCUCAGGAUAUUCAAGGGCACUGCCCACCUUGUGAAUGAAAUCAAGGAACCAUCAAGUGUUCAUCAGCAGCCUGUGAAGCCAUCAAGUGAGAAUAAUGUGCGAAAUACAAGAAGAAGACACGCGGAGAUUGGUGGGGAGUCUUGGUCAGUGUCAGCUCAUGAAGGUAGUAAAGAUAAAUCAUCGUACGUCAGUAUUACUACAUCACCAAAGAAGUCUAACAAGUUGGGGAAAGAUUUGGUUGUAGUCCAAAGUCAUAACACAUCUGAGCCUGUGAUAGUGGAAAAGAUUGAAUCACAAAGUAGUGACAAUAACGAAGAGAAAGUGCAUGUAGAAAAACAAGUUGUGAGGACUGAGGAAGUGACUAAACAGCAUGAAAUGUAUGAAGGGAUACAAACUAUGCAUGAUGAAAAGGAGAACAUUAGUAGUGAGGGAGUUAUUGCCGAAGUUGAAAUUCCCUCUUUGACGUACCCCACAGUGCUGAAGAUUAAAAAUGUAACAACAGUCAUUCCCGAAGUUCCAGCAAACCAAGCCGCAGAGACAGAAGGUGUAACAAUACCUGCUGAAGUACCUGUUUGUAAUGAUGUGAAUAAAGAUGAUGAAGAAAAGUUGCUUAAAGCAGAGGAGCUUCUCUCCAGCACUUACGUUGAUUUCAGUUCUGCUACUGAGAAGCUUUUGCUGACAGGACCAAAGGAGCCUUCCAAGGCAAUACUCGAUCAUGAUUGGUUCUCAGACAGUGAAGAUAGCAACAGCAUCGCAGAUCAGAUAAACACAAUUGCAGCUUCUCAGGUAGAAUGUGAGUCAGAUUUGCAGGUAAAAGUUGUAGAGGAAAGUGUGGUUGAACAGGAUAAGGGUGGGGAAAUUGAAUGUGUUGUAACUUCUCAGCCAGACGAAGGCCAGGGUCAACCAGAGUGUGAACACAGUAGUAGCAAUAGUAGUAACACCAACACAACAGAAAGGACAAAUUCACCUGCGACAAAGAAAGGGAGUAUUUUUAAAAGUCGUUCUCUUCUGUCAGAUGGUAGUAAAAAACGGUUGGCGCUAUAUAAACAUAAGUGGGUUGAUGACAAGGAUGGUGCAGGAAGUGGUUCCCAACCAGGUACUAAUAAAUCAGUGUCAUCAUCUCAGCCUUCUGGAGGUACCAGCACUUAUAGUGACAUGGAGGAGGAAUUUGAACCUACCAAACUCACCAGGGUUAUAACAUGGCCCACUGCUGGAGCAAUUCAUGAUGAUGAUGUUGAGGCCAUCACCAGCAUCAGAUGCAACAAGAAAGCCAAAGGAUUUUACACAGUGGUUAGAAAUGUGAAGAAGGCCCAUCAAAUUCAGGAAUCUGGUGAAUUCCAGGAAUUCAAUGAUGAUGUGGAAUACCUUCUGGAUGCACUUCAGGAUAAUAAUCCCAUAGGAACGAGGUGCCUCUCAGCUAUAACACUGGCUUCCAAGUGCAUGGCUCCUGCCUUCAGGAUGCAUGUUAGGGCUCAUGGAACAGUGGCCAAGUUCUUUCGUGCCUUACAUGAUGCCACAAAGGAUCAGAGUCUUGGACUUUGCACAGCCACUGUCAUGUUUGUGCUCAGUCAGGAUCGAUUGAACAUAGACUUGGAUCGACACAGUUUGGAGCUGAUGCUGAACCUGCUUGAAUCUGAUGCGAGUCAUCGAAAUGCUUUAGAUGACUGUGGCAUGAGUAGUACACAACUUCAUAAAAACAAACAGAAGGUGCGAGAAUUGUGUGCUGAAAUCCAAAGUCAGGGUCAUGCGAAGCAUCUGAACCUUGAUAACAUAACGGUGGGGCAGCUAGCCAUGGAGACUUUGCUGAGUCUUACUUCUCGACGGGCUGGGGAAUGGUUUAAAGAAGAACUGAGAGAACUCGGGGGCCUUGAACAUAUUGUUAAAACAAUAUGUGAUUGUUGUCGUCAAGUUGAUGACCAUAUUAUAGAGUGGACUGAGCCUUUGCUUGACAAGUUGAGGAAAGUUGACCGCUGUUUGCGUGUACUUGAAAAUGUGACAAAUCAAAAUGAGGAAAAUCAACUGUACCUUUUGAAGUACGGGGAUGGCAUGUUGAUUGACACCUUGAACAAACUGUAUCGACAUUGUGACUCUGAGAUUCCGUUGUACCCAGUGACAAUUCUAGCAGAUAAAGUGUCUGCUGGUGCUGUGAUUCGUGAGGUUUUGCUUGCUACACUCAAAGUGCUGAUCAAUCUUACACACGACUUCAAUAAUGAAUCCUAUGGUAGCACUUUGGUUGGAGAAAGAACGGGCAUUGUUGAUGCUAGUCUUCAUCUUUUGUUGCAAGUACCAAAUUAUGUCCCAGAAGAGAAGAAGUUUGACCUACUAGUUUUGGCGUUGAUAUUGUUGAUAAAUCUUGUAGAACACAGCAAAGCCAACAGAAGAUUACUCCUUGAAGCCAAAGCACCAUCAGAUCCUGAAACCAUAUUUCUCCAAGAAGACAAGACUGCUGUUGAAGCACUUAUUUCCUUGUUUUAUGAACAAGAGGAACUUGCCAGGGUGGAAGAAGUGAAAACAGAUGCUAUCCUUGAUGGCAAGAAGGAUACUGAAGUACCUGAAGCAGAGACGGCAGCACCGAAAAGUUACGAAGAAUUCAUAGAGGAAACGGUUGCUAAAUUGUUGCAGAAAGCUGGGCGCAACAUGGAACAUACACUAAUUGGAGCAUAUGUUGGGCUUCUGCUAGGAUACCUGAUUAUGGAUAAUAAGGAAUAUGAACUCCAAGUACGACAGUAUUUGCCAGAGAAGAACUUCAAACUUAUGGUGUUGGUACUGCGAAAAGUGUACAACUUCAUGAACCUUACAGCAUCUGCGGUGGGUAGCAGUCGUGGCAUUGCACAGACAGAACGUGUUAUCAACUACCUUGAGCAGUCCGAUGUGCAAGCUACAGCCUCUGAAACAGCAGUUAAUGCUGAAAGUGUGAAUGUGAGCUUGGAUCUAGAAACAGUCACAACCACACUGGUCAGUGACAGCAUUUCCUAGUGGUUACAUUCUUAACCAUUUAUCAGUGUUUGCUCACAAGGUCCUGUAAGGUACAUGACUUCUUUUCUUCAGUUUUGGAGGAAGCGUUUAAGUAAUGUCAUGUUAUUUAUUAAGUACUGAUGUGCUGUGAUUUGAAUGCGCAGUCUGGUGAUUUAAAUUUUUUGAUGGGUACAGAAAUACAGGUAAUGAUUUGAUGACAGCCAAGCUUUGGUUUUUAAAGAAGACAUCGUAAGCAGUGUGUAUGGUGGUGAUGGUAUUUCCUGUGAAGGUUGGUGUUUGUGGACAGUUAUGUUCGAUGCAAUAUUUCAGGUUUGGAACAACUAUUUAUAUGUAAAUUGGUAAGUUCUGUCUGAACAUUUUAAUUUGGUGAGCACAAUUUGACUAAUUUUGUGUAGUUGUAAAAAACACAUUAUGCAGUCAGACAGGUGCAAAUGACAUUCUCAGGGCUUGAAAAAUAGUGACAUGUUUUCAGAGGCAGAGUUAAAUUAGUAGCCUUAAUGAAAAGAUGGGUGUGAAGAAGGAGUAAUUUAUAUUAUGUUAGCUUCAAAACAUUUCUCACAUUUUCCCAUGUGUUAACUGAUAGAUUGGGGUUCUGUUUUAAGGCAGAAGUUUUUGUAUGUGAAUAGUCUGGCACCCAAAUUUUUCAAGCCCUGGAUUUAACAUAUUAGAAUUCACUAAUUUGUCUAUUUGUAAACAUUGUGUCUUUAUCUGAUAAAUUUACAUGGAGUAAGUUACAAAUUAAUGUCAAUUUAUGGCAGUAACAUUCUAAGAGAAUUUACAGCAACUUUAAGUUACUUUUUUCAGUGUGAAAUCUCACUACUACAUACUUCUGGGAACCUUGACUUUUUCCAAUUAAUUCUUAGAAUUGCGACAUAAAAACUGAUGAAGUGGGGGGGGGGUAGAAAAGUAAUAGUCUAUGCCUUUAGCUGUCAGUCAUAACAUUGGGGUGACAGCUUGCUUUAUGCUGCCAUUUCUGUUAUUUGGCUGUAAGCAAGGCUUCUAAGGCAUGAAAUUCUUUCCAUUGCACAUAAAAAGAGAAUAAAUUUAUUCCAUGAUAACAUUGAUGUGCAAAAUGUACUCUUUAGAUUCUUAAAAUUUCCUGAGUAAUGAUGAAAUUGGUGACACAGUAGAGUACUCCAUACUGAAAGAAUUUUUCAAUUUAAUUUUUUGUCAAGGAUUAAUUAAUUGUAUGUGUGUGUAUGUGUUAAUGUGAAGUAUGCUGUAAUGAGGUUUUACUGUAAUGCACUGUAAAAUAUUUUUUCCGAGGAAGAACCAAAAAUAGUGAUGGUUGGAAGUGUAAAAUUCUUUAUUUUAGAUCCUGAUCAUAAAACAUAUCUACUGUGAUGCUUAUAAUGUUUUUAUUUAUAUGCCAUCAUAAAUACAGUUUCUCUCAAAGAGGAUUAGUGCUAAACUAAAUCUGAAGGUUUAUGGCAAUUAUAUAUCAUUAACUUUCUGGACAUUAUCUUGAAUUUUCAAAAAGUUAAGUCUGAACAAUUAAAAUAUAUCCCAUGCCAUUUUGUGGAGGAGCAUUAAACCUAAAACAACAAACUUUCUGGGUAUUAUCCAUUGUUCAUUGUUUAUAUUUUAAUUGUUCAGACUUUAUUGUAGACCAGUUUCCAAAAUUGUUUUCUGCAGAACCCUGAUGUCCUACAUUGUAAGAUGAGAGAUUCUUCAAGAAAAGUUUCACGAUGGUAGUUUCUCAUGUUUGCCCCUCUGUAAUACUGAUAGGAACAUUUUGUAACAAAAACAUUCAGAGUUGUCUUAUCUUAGAUUGUGUGAUUGGAUUGUAUGAUAACUUUUGAGAAAAGCCAAUUGAAUUUAUACUGUAUUUGAAUCAAGCAUUUUCUCCAGAUAUCAACUUUUUUUCAACAGUUGAUCGGUAGUGUACAGUUGUUUGUCUGCAUGUAAUUUUAGCUUCCAUAUAAUAAUAUAAAUAUCUUAUAAAGGACACAUGGGAGAUUGUGAGUACAUUUACUUUGAAAUUUUGCAUACAUGCAUUACCUAGUGAAUAAUGAAUAUUAUAUUCAUAACAAAUGCACAAAUUGUUCAUCAUAGUUAAGUACUGAAUACAUUAUUCUAAUAUUUACUUGUUACAAUAUAACCUUGUCAUACCAUGCCUUAUAUAAUGUAUUUGGGUGUGCUGCUCUUACAAUAAUGUCCCAUAAGACUUCUAUGUUUUAUUUCAUAGCACUUAAUCUGAAAUAUGUAUACAGCUAUUUAUUCAGAUGCUUGUCCUGCCACAUUUUGUUCUGCUCUGUGAUUUAUAGGUGUGCAGGUUAAAGUCCAUAGUCCUCUAUGAGUGGGUACAUUGUAUUACUCUUGUACUGUAAUGUUGUCUUGGAGUUCUUUUAUCGAAGGGUGAUAUUGUGCACAGGAGCAAGUUUCACUUGAGACAGAGGAAGACGUAGAGUUAACAUAUAUCUGUCAUACUAAUCCUUGUACCUACUCUGUGUCUGAGGAAACGGAAAUCUCGCAUAGGGUUCAACACAUGCUAAAUUAAGAAGGGAUGUUGCAAGGAUCAUAGACUUUGUACUCAUAGCUGACUCCUCAUUAGUACACAAUUAACAGGGACAUGCCGAAAGAAAAAAAAUUAUACAGUCUGAGAAAAGUUGAUUAUCAGUGACCCAUGUUUAUGGACCAGUAACAGUUGGUGGUUUUGCCAUUCACAGGGGUUUUCAAGAAUGUUACCCCCACAAAUGGUGAGGGUGUGCUGUAUUACAAAUUUUCUUUGGAUUAGGUAUCGCAUGUCUCCAUAGCUAAGCCAUUCAAGCUCCAUAUGCAUUUCAUUCCUUAAUCCUUUAGUAUGGUAUCACUUUCACUGCACAUUAUUAUGCUUCACCGGCGAGCACCAUCAUAUUAAUUUGCCACCUACUGCAUGCCCUAUAUAAGGCAUCCACAACUCACUCCAAUACACAUUUGCAACUUCAUUGUUUAUUGAAACAACAUUCGUUGCAGCUCACACUCAAAAGCCAAAGUUAUAUAUUGAACUCAUGCUGUGAAAACUUAGGGACAAAAAAAUUACCUUAUUUCAUCACAUUGUGCACCCAAAAUUUUGCUGUGAUAUUAAUAAAAAUUAAAUCUGUGUAUAUUUCUUAUAUCCUGUUUUUCAAAAAUAUUAAUAAAAAAUGAAUUUUUUUCACCGAAAUCUGAAAGGGAUAGCAGCAAGUAUAAAAACCACAAUAAGUGGAAAAUGUACUCAGUUCAGUUCAGUGAGAAUAGCUGUCAUUGUUGUAUAUCACAUGAACUGUCAUGUGACUUUGCAGUUAUGCAACACACAAGAAAUUUUACCAUGCCAACACACCAUGUGACAUGAAAAUUGAGGUAAUAAAUGCGUUAUGGACACGACUCAUAAAGCAGAAAUUUUCACCCCUACAUAUCUUGUGGUAUUAACAUUAACUCACUGCUGUGAAAACAUCAAAUCCUACUUAGUUCACUAUAUGGAGAGAUGAGAAGCAUCCAAAUUCAAGCACCUAAAUGCAGUAUGCUGACACAUGCAAGAUUAAAAUUGUGCUAGGUUUCUUAUUUUUGCCUUUCUUCUACUACAAUAAAAUUGUUUCAUAAUCAGUAUGUAGGAUUUGGUUUGGGGUUAUAAAAUAUAUUGAUUAUAUCAAGUAUGCAGUUGAAAUUAUGGCUGAUUCCAAGAGCAGAUUGCUUUUAUCUUUAGCUAAUCUUCCAAUAUUAAUUUGCUGUCUCUUUUGAGAGUUACUGUUCUGAGUGAAUUGAAGCUAUCCUGGCAGACUGUUAUGUACCAACAUAUGUACUGAUUAUGUGCAUCACAGGUGUUGACAAUGAUUUGAUAAAUUUGCAACAAGGAUGUAUCCAGUACGUCAUGAAAUAUAAAUGCAUUCAAUUUAUUUGGAAACAUGCAAUAUGUUUUCAUUAUAAGUGACAUAAUGCACAUUUUAUAAUGUCCAGUCCUGUGUGUUUUAUUGUAAAAGCAUAUAAUGUAUAAAAAAUGUGCAAGCACAAAUUUAAUUUUACUUGGUCAUCAGAUCUGCCAUUGUGGCUGGACAUAAGCUUUGUGCUGAUUCCGAGUCAAGAAUUGUCUGAAGGGACACACUUUCCCAGCCAUUCAUUAACACAUUCAUUGCAAGUCAUUGCUCAGUGUAUACAUAUUCAAACAUUCGGUUCUAGAAGUUCUCCAGAGAAGUGAAAUUCUUACAAAACAAUUGUGCUGUUGAUAUCACACACUGGAGGUGUAUUUUUAACCCAAAACAAAAAAACAUAUGCACAGCACUAUGAUCGGGUUUCAUUAAAUGACUCGGUGAAUAAUAUUUUAAUGCAAGAAUGUGAAAUGUUACACAUGUUGAAAAAAGUAUGUUCUUUAGUGACUUCCUUUAUUUAUGGUAUUUAAAUAAAGAUACUUCCAAGGCACAAACCCAUGCCAGUUACAGAGAUGUGGUUCACAUUUAACUCUUUCAAAGAAGAGCGAUGAUUAUGUAUUAUCACCUGCUUUAAUUUUCAGUAACUUGAAAUUUCAUUCACAGAAUGUAUUUAUGAUUUUAAGUUGAUUAUUAGUAAGAGACAUAGUCUUGGUACUGCAGUCUGAAAUGGCUCUGAUGCACUUCAUCAUGGUGGUAGAUGAGUAUGUAGCACAGAUGGAAUGAUGAUUGAUAGGGGAAAAAUGAAGCACUCUGGGAAAAACCUGCCCUUAGCUUGAAGCUGGUGACUAAAUUGCUGAUUUAUGGCACAGCCUUUUUAAACACCAUUAACCAAAAAUAUCUGUAAUGGAAAUGUGGAAUGUUCUCGUGAAGGCAGGAGUCGACUUUAAAUUCUCAAGGUGUAAAGUCAUCCCUGGUCGUGAGAACUCUUGACACAGACAGUUUGCUUCCAUUUAAUUUUGAAAGAUGUAUUGAUAUCUGCAUAUAUGACGUAUCAGUUUCUAUAACUCUGCUUUUUGUUCACAGAGUGUAUUAUGGAUUUUCUUCUCAGAAUGAAGAGCAGUAAUUCUCCAAAUAACACAAAUCAUCUGAUAUUUGUAUUGUAUAUUUACUCUGAGGAAAGAAUUUACUUUAAAAAUAGUUUUGCCCUUGUAAAUGUUGAAACCCUAUGGCAUUGAAUGUGUUGAAUGACUUGGCUGCAGUUGUGUACAUUUGUAUUCUGUCAGUCCAAGUGUAAAGACCACAUGAAAGUGUCAACAUGUGAGUUCUUAGGACUGAUAAAUGCUUCUGAAUGUACUUAUUCUCAUCAGAUUUAUAUUUCUAUUCAGAAUGACUAAGUUAUCUGCAUAUACAUGUAUCAAUUUUUAUCUAAAACACAUUACCAGUAAUAUUGAAACACUUCUAUAAUUUAGCUGUUGAGGAUAAGCAUGCACACAAAUUUCAUUUUUCCACAUUGGGUGCUAGGGUUAGAGGGCAGCCACAAUGAAGAACCCUGAACAUACAGUAUUUUAAUAAUUGUGAUGGAUGAGGGGUUGAGGUAUUAACACAUUAUGUAUUGUCAGUACUUUUAGUAAUUACAAUUUUUUAAAAAAAUUACAUUGUGCUUGUUUAAAAACAACAGUACCUGACCAUCUGGUCUCAUUUUCUUCAGAAGAAAUAAUUUAUUAAUAGGGGAAGGUAAUAUAAUUUAUUUUUGUUGUAUAUCCACAUUUAUAUUUUACAACACACCAUCACUAUAUUAUUGUACUGUACAUAAUCACAGAAUUAUAGCUGGUUUCCCAGGAUUACUUUACUAUGAAGAGCAAUUGAGCUAAAUCUUCUUGAUUACGUAGGAAUCUUAUCUUUAAGCACCACUAUACUUUUGCAACUUAGGGAUAUAUGUAAAUUGUAUAUGUUAUUUCUUAUGGAAUUAUUAUUUAAUAUUACAUGUCAAAUGUUUAUAAACAUGAAGAGGACUGUUUAAAGGACUGCAUUUCAUUUAGAGUCAUCUGGGUGCUAGAACAUAUUUUAAAUAUUGACAUUCUAUGCAUGGAGACCUGGCUCUUGGUAUCUGUCAAACCUAUGCAAGAACCUGCUUCCUUCAUUCUGCUACAAAUUCAGUUUAUGUAAUUCUUCAUAUGGAAUUGUUUACAGCAUCCAUGUAGGUAUUAUAUCCUCAGAAAUCAAGUUUCUUGAAACUCAUUAUAUCGAAAUAUGUACAUGACAAAAUAUUUCAUUAACUCUUUGAAGCUGAAGCUCGUCUAAAUUGUUCCUAAAAAUUCAGUCUGUAUUUGAAACACAACACAACACUCCAUUGGAAUGAUCAGUUUGUUAAGGAAAUAAUGACUUUACUCUGAGAAUCAUGUGAAACCUAUAAAUACAUUCCAUUUGCAAAAUUGA